GGCCACGGCCCAUCAGUCAAACCAGACCCGACCGACACCUCUUCCCUCCAUGCUGCCUCUGUCGCUGCUUAACUUCAACCGAACCAACCCCCGUAGACCUUCCCCGUACUUCGUCCGCCGACAUCCUUUCUUCUUUUCAUACUGACGACGACGACAACGUAGACGACAACUACGGCAACGAUAACGACCGCACCCUCAUCGAGGAACUCCUUGUUCUCCUUGUCGAUCACCGUCCCCGAAUUGAAGACGUUUCGUUUGAUCCGUUGAUUUCGGUCGAGCCUUCCAUACACACCACUGCCCCUGUAUCGUCUCUGGUGGCUAUUCCGACCGAACUGAUAACAUUGAAAUACCGCCUCUGCCCACAAUACAUCAGCACCGCCCGAGCUGUCCUGCCUCAUGGCGUAAUCCAUGGCAGAACGAAUCGCCUCUGCAAACCCGCGCUCCAGAUCGGUAGUCGACCACGAUCCCUCCGCGCGCCUCCCGUCCACGCCGACGACAGCGUCCUCUGCGUCGGGCUCACCCGCCUUCGCUUCGACUUCGCCCUCCCAUCGAAUUACUAGGUCUUCUGCUCGGCAAGCAGCGAGUCUCGCAGCUUCAUCCGCCCAGUCUACCGCCGGCGCCGAUCUUACCACGACCGCCCCGGCUUUGACGACAUCCAGUCCUCAAAAUCCACCUCCGACUGCCUCGCGGAAGCGAAAAGCUCCAGCUCAAGCAGCUAGCCCUAUUUUAGGAACACAACCGCCAACGAGCGCUUCGACUAGACGAUCCAAGCGUCAGAGAGUAGUUGACGCUGUUCCGCUCCCUCAACAUCCUCCUACACAGACACCUGCUCCGUCUCGCCCAAAGAGGAAGGGAAAAUCCACCGCCACCAUGUCGAGCCCAGACACUCCUACCGACAUUGCAAACGCAAACGAGAACACUGCUCCUUCGGCCUCCUCUAGCCGGAAAUCGAGCAGGAGCAAAAGGACAGCUCCCAGCGCUUCAGAUCCUUCCGCCAACACAUCCGGUUCUUCUCGUCGAACGAAACGAAAUGCUGCGAACAACACCGACCAGGAUACCACAAUGACGGGUACGGACGACACAGAGAAAGAUCCUAUCCCUCCCCCGCCCCCGCCCCCUCCCGAGCAUCAUGACGACGACGACGACGACGAUGACGAUAGCGACGAGAACGAUGAAGAUGAUGAGGACGGCCGAAGAUAUGAUGACGAGGACGAUGAUCCAUUCGGAGGGUUCGGCGGUCCUGGCGGCCCCGGAGGUCUCUCGAGCACUUUGCGAGCGCUUACAGGCAUGAUGUCGGGUAUUUCAUCACGCUUACGAGAGCUUCUCAACAACCUACGUCAGAAAGACGACCCUUCGAUUCAGUUGAUUGCUCUACAGGAGCUUUCGGAGAUCCUCCUAGUCUCAAACGAGGAUAAUCUCUCGGGGCAUUUCUCACCCGAUUCCUUCGUCAAGGAAUUGGUGACUUUGAUGCAACCAAAUGAGAUCACGGGAGAGGAGAACCCGGAAAUUAUGCUUCUUGCCUGCCGUUGCCUGGCAAACUUGAUGGAAGCCCUGCCCGCAAGCGUGGCCAACGUUGUAUAUGGAGGAGCUGUCCCGGUUCUGUGUCAAAAGCUGCUGGAGAUCUCAUUCAUCGACCUCGCUGAGCAAGCUUUGAGCACCCUCGAGAAGAUCUCUGCCGAGUACCCCUCCAGCAUUGUUCGAGAGGGUGGCCUCACUGCCUGCCUGUCCUACUUGGAUUUUUUCGCAACAAGCACCCAAAGAACGGCCGUCACCACUGCCGCCAACUGCUGCCGCAACAUCCCUGAAGAUUCUUUCCCAGUCAUUCGAGAUGUCAUGCCUACCCUACUCAAUGUGCUGGGGAGUAGCGAUCAGCGAGUUGUGGAACAAGCCUCCAUUUGUGUCUCUGGGAUUGUCGAAAGCUUCAAAUACCAGUCUGCGAAACUGGAAGAGCUUGUCAGUGUCGACUUGCUCAAGGCGGUUUUGAGAUUGCUUGUACCUGGCACCACCAACCUCAUUAGGUCGGAUAUCCACACCCAGUUCCUGCGUGUCUUGGCUUUCACAGCUCGUGCUAGCCCUCAACUGUCGGCGGAAUUGUUCAAGCUCAACGUUGUAGAGACUCUCUACCAGAUCCUGACUGGCGUGUCUCCACCAAGCGGGACAGAGGAUGUUGCCUCCAAGCUCGACAGCGUUGUUAUCAUGCAGGCGCUGAUUCACCGGCCCAAGGAGCAGAUCAUCGAGACGCUCAACGUCAUUUGCGAGCUGCUUCCAAGCCUGCCCCGCAAUGCUGACCCUUCAUACGGCGACUUCGUCGAGAUGAACUCGACAGAACCUAUUACUCCAUCGUCCACUGCACCUGGAAAGGCGCGCAAGUCACCCAACGAUAAGAGAAUUGAGCUUCUUGAUGGCUGCAAAGCCGAGGUCCGCCGUUUCGCUCUCAUUCUCUUCCCAACCUUAACCGAUGCUUUUUCAAGUACAGUCAAUCUCAAUGUACGGCAAAAGGUACUCACUGCGCAACUGAAGAUGCUUUCAAACCUGAACGAAGAGAUCCUCGGAGAAGCAUUGAAGACUGUUUCAUACGCUUCGUUCUUGGCCUCAAUAUUGUCUCAGCAGGAUCACCCCUCACUCGUCAUGCUCGCACUCCAGGCUACGGAACUUCUCCUCAGUCGUCUGGAGGAUGUUUACCGGUACCAACUGUAUCGUGAAGGUGUUAUCUCGGAGAUCACGAAACUCGCCACCGAGGAGCAGACUCCUCCACCGGCAACAGAGCCGACUGGGUCGCAGGAGACCAGCAACACUGAUCCGCAGGCUUCUGUGGACUCUGGAGAGCCGUCGUCGGACAACGAGGAGUCUGAAGAUGAUGAGGACCACGAGGAAUCAGAGGAUGAGGAGAACGAAGAAGAGAACGAGCACGGGCAUCAUCCGGACGACAUCACGGGUUCACCAGUUAGCUCACGCGGGUCGACCAUGUCGCUGGACGGACCUCCGCAGCACUUCUUGUCUGACGUUCCUUCGAUGCGGAGUAGGAUCCGUGAGGUGGCUAAGAAGUUUUUGGAAAACCAUGAGACCGAAAAGCAUGGUAAGACCAUGAAGAAGAAGGCGCUUAAGAUUCUGUCCAACCUGUCGGAUCUUGCCGAAGAGAUCGAGGCCUUCUACCUUCGCAGAACGGCCACCAAUCUUGCCCCCGAAAAUGGGGUGGAGCUCUUCAAGAAGCUGGCUUCAUCAUUCGACGCGGACGUUCUAGAAAGCGUCACAAGUGCAGAGCUUCUAGCUUCUGGGCUUGUAAGAGUGCUCUUGGAGGUCUUCAGCAACCCUGACGAGGAACUAGCUCGGACGGCACAGUCAGCUUUCUUGCAGGUGUUCAUGGGUUACUCCGUCAAGUCGAAACCUAAGACCGCAACUGCUGAUUCGCCCGCGACUCCGUUCAGCGUCAUGGUUCACAAACUUCAAGAUCUUCUCAGUAGAUCCGAGCAUUUCGAAGUUAUCACAGUCCACCAUAACACUUUCGACGGCAACCGCAGUAGUGCUGCGUCCAUGCUUGCGAAACAAAUCCGGCUGAGACUCGUUGCUGAUGACGACUCUGACAUCCCGCGGUCUUAUCGGAACAUUAUGGUCUCAAUCCACGCUAUUGCUACAUUCAAGUCACUGGAUGAUUACUUGCGUCCCAGAAUCAGCCUGUCGGAACGACCACGCGGCUCCCGGCGAGCCGAUAACUUGUCCAGAGCUCUUGCUUCGCUUGCAGGCUCCGCCGGCUUGCCUUUAAGCCACGCUGCUGCUAGACUUGCAGAACGUGCUUCAGCUGCCUCUGCGUCAAGCCCUAUCCCGCCUCCGCCCAACGCAGCUACGCCUAGCGGUUCGCGUUCUCUUCGCAAGACCAAGACCAAGUCAACACCACCAUCUGAAGCUGCAGCUAGUCCCGACACUUCUUCCACUACAAGGGACAAGGGUGUUUUGAGAAGGUCUACCCGCCGUGGCGCGGCAUCCACGACUGAAAGUCCCGCGCCCUCACGGCCGCCUCCGGAAGAGGACGAUUUGGAGAAUGCACUAGAAUGCGCAGAUGAGAAGCACUUGUCCGAUGACGAAGAGAUUGGUGGCAGCAGCGCUCUGGAUGCUAUUGUGGGUGACCUAGAUGAAGACAUGAGCGAGUCCCCCGGUCCUGAGCCUGGUGCCGUCAACAUGGAAAUCGCGGCUGGUGGUAGGGUCACAGCACGCAAAGAGGAUGGUACUAGAGUCCCUACGCCAUCACAGAGUGCUCUCCCUACCCGGUCCGGCGCUCUCCCUCCCCCGCAGUCGCAGAGUACACCCACGCCCUCGACUUCGUCAUCACGGCCCAUGUCUUACGCUGCAGCUAUCCAAACUGUCCCCCAAGACUGGCAUAUCGAGUUCACUCUUGAUGGCAAGGUCAUUCCUAGCGAGACUACCAUCUACCGUGCCGUUCAUACCUCAGCCGCCAACUCCGAUGAGCAUUUCAGCCGGAGUGUCUGGUCAGCGGUUCAUCCCAUCAAGUUCCGCCGUGCUCCUGGUCCGCCACCUGUGGAAACUCUGUCCUUCAGCUCCAACGCCGAGGCAAGUACGGAAGACAAUGGCGACGGAAACGUGCCGGCAUCCCUGGCCAAGUAUCCUUCUACCGCCUCCAUCCUUCGUCUACUCAAUAUCCUCCACGACUUGAACGCCAAUAUCGAUGAUGUUAUGGUAGAGAACAGCGAGAAGGACGCCGUCCGACUCAACGUGGAGCCCUUGUCACAGUUUGUCAACACCAAACUCACUGCCAAGCUGAACAGACAACUGGAGGAACCGCUUAUCGUGGCGAGUAACUGCUUGCCAAGCUGGGUAGAAGAUCUUGCAAGACUGUAUCCUUUCCUCUUUCCUUUCGAGACGAGGCACCUGUUCUUGCAGUCGACCUCAUUCGGUUAUGCCCGUUCCAUGACCCGUUGGCAGAAUGCCCAAUCUGCGGACGACUCUCGUCGUGACCGUCGUGACGACAGACCUUUCCUCGGGCGACUGCAGCGCCAGAAGGUUCGCAUUUCUAGAUCCAAGAUUUUGGAGUCAGCUUUGAAGGUCAUGGAGCUCUACGGCGCUUCUCAAAGCAUUCUCGAGGUUGAGUACUUUGAGGAGGUAGGAACAGGCUUGGGACCUACCCUUGAAUUCUACUCGACGGUGUCGAAGGAGUUCUCCAAGAAGAAACUCAAGUUAUGGAGAGAGAUGGACUCGAACGACUCUGAAGAGUAUAUCUCUGGUGCGAGCGGCCUCUUCCCUCGGCCACUCAGUGACGAUGAAGCCAGCGCUCCAAAUGGUGAACGAAUUCUCCAGCUCUUCAAGACUCUUGGAAAGUUUGUUGCUCGGUCAAUGAUCGAUUCUCGCAUCAUUGAUCUGAAUUUCAACCCUACCUUCUUCCGCAUCGGAGAUGGUUCGUCGGCACCCGGCGUCAAGCCAUCUCUUGGUGCGGUUAAGGUCGUCGACCCAGGCCUGGCUCGGUCUUUAAAGACCAUCAAGAAGUUCGCCGUGGCUAAGAAGGAAAUCGAUGAGGACCCUUCACGCACCCCUGCGCAAAAGGUGGCCGACACCGAAGACAUUGCCAUUGACGGAAUGAAGCUAGAUGACUUGUGCCUCGAUUUUACCCUACCCGGCUAUCCCGAGAUCGAGCUUAUACCAAACGGCGGCCAGGUCCGAGUCACCAUUGACAAUGUGGACUCGUACCUAGAACGGGUCGUUGAUAUGACUCUGGGCACCGGUGUCCGCCGCCAGGUCGAUGCAUUCCGAACGGGCUUUUCCCAGGUCUUCCCCUACUCGGCCCUGAGCGCUUUCACUCCUGACGAACUCGUCACGCUGUUUGGAAGAGUUGAAGAGGACUGGUCGCUUGAGACACUUAUGGACUCGAUCAAGGCAGACCAUGGUUACAACAUGGAUAGCAAGAGCGUCAAGAAUCUACUACAGACUAUGAGCGAGCUCUCUCCUCCUGAACGCCGUGACUUCUUGCAGUUCACCACGGGAAGCCCCAAGCUCCCGAUCGGAGGCUUCAAAAGCUUGACGCCCAUGUUCACUGUUGUUUGCAAGCCGAGCGAGCACCCAUACAUGUCUGACGAUUAUCUCCCCAGCGUCAUGACCUGUGUGAACUAUCUCAAACUACCCGACUAUACCAGCAUCGAAGUUAUGCGGAAACAGCUCUCCACUGCGAUCAGAGAAGGCCAGGGGGCGUUCCAUCUGUCUUAGAUGGCGUUCUCAUUUACCAACAAACUCAAAAAAUACGAACAGGACAAAAGAAAAAAAGAAAAAAAUCGGUAGUGUUGAUGGUCAAGUGACUAUGGUGGCAGCGGCAACGGCACUGCACAUCCGCAUGAAAUGGAAUGGAACAUGCAUCAACGAGCAUUUCACUUCUCUAGAACGGAGGAACCCGAUGCAUUCCUUCUGCAUCUGACGAUUGUAUGCAAAGAAUUCAUGGAUGGUAACGGCCUCGGACGGGAUGCACCAGUUUUGAGUGAGGUGGAUUGAAGGGCGAAAGGGCAACAUGGAAGAACCUCCCUCCCCCCCCCCCCCCC